AUGGACUCGUCCACCCGCCCGCCAUCGGUUGAGGCAAUGAAGAUAGUUAUAAGUCGGGCUCUUCCCGGCGUCUCCGUCGAGUCCAUUCAACCACUCUCUUCCAUCCGACCGCAAAGAGAUGCUCGUGUAAAAGUGAGCAGUGGUCGUAACCUCGUCUUGACCAUUCCGCCGGCUCCCAUGAUUAGAUUGCUGCGAUCGGAGCAGUGGCUCGUGCUGUCCGAGGCCCUGCUCAUAUCGUGGAUAUGUAGAAGAGCACCAUCGAUAUCGCCACUCGCAACAAAAGACCAGAGGAUAUCGAUACAGUCCCUCACGAACCUUGGGCCUUUCCAAAACGACCAACCAAUAACACAGUUGCAGCCAGAGAUUCUCGUUUGGCCCGAAUUGGUGGAUACCCCUCUCUUCAGAUACCUGCCAGAAUUAAUCGCCCACUCACCCCUGAGUCACGAUCUGGGAGUUGCCUUUAAUUUAACAGAGCCAAGUCGAGGUUCAGUCAUCAGUUUAUUGUCCCCACCUCUAUCUGAAGAAGAACGAGUCGAUCUAGAUUACCAAAAAGGGCAAUUCAUACGGCUCAUGACCACUCUGAAAGCCCCCAACUCCAAGUUUGGUCCAGCUGUUGCCGUCAUUGGCCAGCAAGGGCCUCUUUCAGACUCAAGUUCUGCCGCUGCGUCAAGUGCGUUGGGCGGUAUCGAUUCCUGGUCCAAGGCCUUUCACGCCUUGGUCGAGAGUAUACUCCGAGACGGAGAAGACCUGGCCGUCACAAUUAGCUACUCGCAAAUACGACAUCACGUGCAACGCCUAGGUCAUCUGUUGGAUGCUGUUACACAAUCUCGCCUGGUCGUACUCGAUGCGGGUAGUGAUACAAACGUGAUCGUGUACCGUGGCACCGAGCUGGAGCACCGGCCGAGAACCGACGUAGCCGAAACACAGACUACUUCUCAUGAGACGACGUCCUCCCCAGCUUCGAGUAUCCAUACUAGCGACAAAUUCAGCCCUAGAAAUCGGCACUGGCAAACACUGGUGGGAGAUAGCAGUGCCAUCCUGGACAUGAAUCAACCGUCUAGGCCAGUCGCCAGGGACAACAUGGACAGAUUUGGACAAGGUGAAAAUGCCAGAAUAUCAGUCAGCGGUCUACGAGACUGGAGCAACUGCAUUUUUGGAGAUCCCCUCAUGGCUGAAAUCUUCAACGACGAGCCUUCUUCGAAUUUCAUCCGCGGCUUCCGUCAACAGCCCUCGAGGGGCUCAACUCUGGCUACAACAGCCCACGGUACUGCUACUACUUCUUCGUCAUCUCCGGCCGCCGGCAGCAUAUCGAGGAUCUCAAGUCCACCACCCGACGACCUCAUCGAAGACCGCGAGAAUGCCAGCAUCCGGCUCAUGCUCUACGAGUGCUACCAUGCCACCGUCUCCAUUGUCAAGCAGUUCUAUCGACCCAGCGGGCCAGAAAGUACGAGACGAGAGAUGGAGGCACGGCGUAGGCUCGCAGCAGUGCUAAAUAAGCUGGCCGAGGUGGAGGACAAUCCGAGCAAGAGGCCCAGGACUGGCAGCGUCGACAUAUGGCCCUCCAAGAAGUCGAAAUCAGAUGUUGGACGCUGA